AUGCGCGACUGCUUUUAUGUUGCUCAUACGGGUCGACGCCUGGGUACCCGUAUUAAUGAACACAAACAGUCUGUCCGUCGCCUGGACCCCCUGUCUCUCGUCUUUGCGCACGCACUCGAGCGCGACCACCGAUUCAGCUGGGAUGGCACUGAGGUCGUCACCAUGGCCAGCACAACGCGAACGAGGGAAUUUCUCGAGGCCUGGUACUCCAAUGCGGGUGGUAUCCGCCGCCAGGUUGACCAGGACGCCAUUUACAUGGACAUAUGUUCACCACUUACUGACCCCUGCCCUAAUCGCACAUCAACGACCGCUAAUCCAGCAACCCCGAGUCCAACCGAUCCAUCAUCCACCCUCCCCCCCUCACACGGGACCGUAAUUGUUCCACCUCCCCUCUCUUCCCCCUCUCGCUCAGAAGCCCACCAUGACUCUGCGACCAUCCCCCUCACACGCCAAUGGUCAGUCUAUCCUGUCGCGUCAACUGAUCUGGUAUGGCAAUUUAACCGUCUCUCUUGCUUUCGUUUCGUCCUACUACGAGUUCAUAUCGUCAGCUCGAAAAGCCACAAGUACAACUCGAUUUUUUCAAAGGAACCUCUUCCUUUUUUCGUGCACACGCACACGCACACAAAUACGUUCAGCGAUCGCCUUACGGGACACACGUGUCCCGCUUAAUGCCUUGGGGGUCCAAUCUCGAGUCCCGCCAGCAGCUGUGCGGUGGCUAGUAGUAUAGGCAGAAUAACAUUACCAACAGAGGCAAGGCAGACUGGAAUGGCCAUUCCUGGCUUCUUAACCGUCAUCAGCCAGCCACGCUCACCCUAGGGUUUUGCAAGCCCCGAGGCCCGAUCCCGCAACCUGUUCGCUAGAAGUCUAACACCCUUAACAUUGAAUAACGGGCUUUUUGCCCUGUCGGUUGCGAUCGGAUAUACUAACAAUGGUAGAUGGGCGCUCACCGAUGAGGCUACGAGACGAACAUGCUCCCUUUUCGGGCUUAUUCUGCCUUCACUCAGCUAAUCGUAACCCUGAGCACCAGUUCGGACCCCAAACGCAAACUUGUACGUUCACACAGCGCAGAUGGUCCACAGACGGGGUCUACCAGAUGGGUCAUAAACACUUCAUCUCAAUGGAGUUCAUCAGUGCCUCGCCACCUGCCACUCUCUGUCGCGGUCGAUCGGAUGUUCCUUCAAUCCGGACUGGACGCACACCGAUCCGUCGGCCUGCCAAAGCAAACAAUCUUCAUAUGGGUUGGCGAGGUCAUGAACAGGCAACCGUCCGUCAGGCCGAGUGUCCAUAUUCUCAAACCCAACCGUACUACUUACAUAAUCAACGUUUUCCGUCCUUUAAAAAUAUUAGCUUCUGUGCAGGCGUAAGUCCAUAUAAAGUGUUAAUAUGAAACUAAAUGUUACCAGUCAUCCCUAAAAACACAAACUGACAUUGCAAAUGUAUUGGAAAACACGCGAAAAUAUCGGAGGAGGUUCUGAGAAAAACGGCCAGCACUGGCACAUGUAAAAAAGCAAGCCAGAUACCGUCUUUCAUACUGUCUUCCAGUUGACAGUUUGCUCUGAAGAGGUUCAAGUAAAUGUUGAAAGGUCUCGCAGCCUACCGUGAGUGAUGAUUUUUAUCAUCAUCUGUCCGCUCCUCCCCCCCUCCCGGGACGUACGCUAAAAGCAUACCCCUCAAUGUGAUUCACAGGACCCUCCCCCGGUGUUUCCCACAUCUUUCCAAACGCCCUCGCGAGCAGCUGACUUCACCUUCCAAGCACUGUGCUAACAGGCGAAUCGUCGAUGUUAAUGUGGGCUGCACACGCAUACGUGUGCGCAUUUGCCUGCCCCCUGUGCCCGGCACAGACCACGAGAAUCCAACAGUGAUCCAGGGUACUCACAGGUGGCAGGAACUUACGCCGCCGGUACACGAUAGCUCGACCGUGGAGUCGCUGGUUUUCCGACACCACAGACCGAAAUUUUGGCCUCGGUAUGUGGAUGACACCUUCGUCGUCAUCGGACGGGAUCAGGUGCUGACGUUCAAAGGACAACUUAACGCCGUCUUCCCGGACAUCCAAUUUACGAUGGAGGAGGAGGAGGAAAACAAUCAGCUGGCCUUCCUGGAUGUCCUCGUCUGCCGCAAAGAUUGUGGUGGCCUAAAAACCAAAGUGUUCAGGAAAGCGACAAAUACGACGCAAAUACUGAACUUCAAUAGCAACCACCCGAUCGGUCACAAACGCAGUUGCGUAAGGGCGCUAUACCGGCUCGUUGAGACGCACUGCAGUGAAAUGGAAGACAAGGUUGCUGAACUACAAUAUCUUCGACGGGUAAUGAAAGCCAAUGGUUACCCGCGCAGCUUUGUCAACCAGUGCAUACGAAAAGGACACCAGAGACCAAAUCCAACCGGACCCAAAUUUUGGCGGGAUCUUCCGUACGUGAAGAACGUCUCGGAAGCCGUCAGUCGUCUUCUCACUCCACUUGGAGUUGGAGUUGCACACAGGCCGGGAGCAACCAUUAGGCGCCAAGUCAUGAGGCCAAAAGACCCGCUGCCACGGCAGGACACGACUGGAGUCAUUUACCGGAUCCGGUGUAGUUGCGGACAAAGCAAUUAUGUCGGAGAAACUGGGAGAUUACUCCGUACGCGACUUGCCGAGCACGCAGCAGCAGUGAGGCGGGAAGACGUUAACUCUCAGGUGGCGGCACACUCGACGGGACCCGGCCAUAUAUUCAAAUUUCAAGAGGCCGAAAUCCUCGCAAGGGAUGACAACCACGUGAGCCGCGAGCUGCUCGAAUCAUGGUUCUCAGGCCCGCAAUCCAUCAACAAACACAACGACCUCCCGGUACCCUAUUCCGUAUUGCGGUUUUCCCUGGGCAGGAGAAUCAGUCACGUGGGGAGGGCGCGGGCGAGCAAUCAUCACGGUGACAGUGAGCCAGUUUGCCGAGCAAUCGUCACACCAGCAUCCAGCACGGAUGACGAAAUCGCGGCAAUUUACGACUCGGACUCAGACCGCCAAGCCACCGCCGCAUCAAUUACGACCCCAGCGGCGAUUGCGAGAACUGUUAAUUGCAGUGCGCAUACGGUCCCACGGCAGCCACGUGCCAUAAAUACUGCACUCCUGGUGCCACCUUCACGUCUAUCUGCUAAUGUCUCUGAUGAUGGAUUCGAGUGA